AUGAGGAAGGAGGAGAAGGGAAAGAGAAGGAGUAGGAAAAUUAGAAGGAGAAAUAGAAGGAGGAGGAGGGAGGACAAGCAAAAGAGGAGGAAAAACAAAAGGAAGAAAGGACAAAAAAGAGAAAGAGGAGGAAAACGAGAAAGAGGAGAAGGAAUAAGGAGGAGGAGGAGGAUGAAAAUGAGAAGAAUAAAUGGGAGGACAAGGAGAAAGAGCAGGAGAGGGAAAAGAGGAGGAAAAUCGAGAGGAAUGAGAAAGGAGGAGUUGGAGGAGAAGGAAAAGGAAGAGCAAGAGGAAGAAGGAGAGAGGAGAAUGAGGACAAUUAGAAGGAGAAGGAAAAGGAGGAGGAAAAAAGGGAGGAGAAGAAAGAGGAGAAGAAGGAAGAAGAAGAAACUGUCUCCUCUAUGUCUAAAUAUUGCUCGAAAUUUACGUAGAAGAGAGGACGAAGAAGAUGACGUUGGCGGAGGAGCAGGAGGAUGA